GCUUAGUUUGUGAGACGCUUCCGAAGCGACAAGUAGUUGAUAGCAACAUCGGUGAAAACCGGAGGAAAACGCAACUGCACGCGUUGCAGCACCCAAAAAAUAAAGAGAAUCCCCCCCGAAAAUAUUUCAUUUCAUUUUCAUGUUUAUUUUAACUUGAGGGAAAUUUUUAUACCGAAAACAACAACGGAAUACUAAAAACAAAAUACAAAAAAAAAACGUGUCGCUGUCCGUCAAAGCUCCCAUGUGCUGCAUUACCAGUUGAAAAAACAUAAACAGAAAAUAGAACUAGCCGAUAGAUAAACAGCCACCGAAGGAACGACAACAGAACCCCCCGAAAAUAUUACGAGGGCGAAAGUGAAAGUGAAUAUAUAUCUGACGGCGGGCCUUAUCUCCAUCGCUUUGAGUGAAUGCACCCAACGGAUCCUCGAUUUAGGUUCCCAAGCUAAGAUCCGAAACAAAUUCGGAAUACCAUAAUCCAUAGCACUGUUUUUGCACAAUAUCAAAAAUAGAUUGCACAGCCAAGGAAUCCAAGUUCAUUGUCAGAAACGCAAACCUCACCGCAAUCUGCAAGAUUCGUUUGCGUGGGGUCAGUCGUCUGCCGCACAUAACAUCAUCAUCAUCCACAUCCACAUCCACAUCCACAUCAUCAUCUUUAUCAUCUUCGAAGGCGUGAUUUCGAAUUUUGAGUACCGCGAGUAGCUGUGAUAUUGCAUUUUCCAACAUGACUCAAUCGAAGGAGAAUCCGGAGAAGAGUCGCGAAACGAUCAGCGAGGAAAGCAUGAAGGAUUUGCUUACCAAGCAGCUGGAAAUCGUGGGCAGUGGAGGAGCCUUUGUGUGGGCCAUUUUCUUUCUGUGUGUAACUCCGAAUAUAUUGAAUGGAUUCCAUGUGUCCUCCUACACAUUGUUGGGUCACCUGCCCGAUGAUCAGUGGUGUGGUAUUACGGAUCUGCAGGACACCAACUGGACGUUGUCACAGAAGCGGGAGAUUUCCGGAAAGGGUUUGGAAUCGGGCGGAUGCACCGUGUGGGACUGGAACUAUGGUCUGGCAAAGAUGUCCUACGAGGCAGCCCUUAACUACACCACUCACUUGAAUGAAAUUUCCCUGCCUGUUGAGGUAUCCUGCAAGGUCAAGGGUCGCCAUGAGUUCGCCAACCCGGAGAGCACCUUCGUCUCGGACUGGGAUCUCACCUGCGACAGAAGCAUCCAACGGACCUCUGCCCAGGUUUCAUUAUCGUUGGGAAAGUUUUGUGGAUCCUUUUCCUUUGGCAUACUGGCCGACAAAUUUGGUCGCAAAACCUCUUUUACCCUCGGAGCUGUCUUCUUUGUAGUGGGUAGUUUCUUCUGCACCUUCUCGCCCUGGUAUAGUAUCUUCCUGGCAGGACGUUUCGCACUGGGAGCAGCUUCAUCUGGUAUUUUCUACCCUGCCUUUACCAUGAUCGUAGAGAACGUCUGCUUGAAGCAUCGUUCCUGGAUGUCGAUUGCCUUCUCAGCCUCCUAUCCCGUGGGCAUGAUCAUCCUGGCAGUAAUGGGCUACAUCAUCCAACCCUGGAGGCAUCUGCAAUUGGCCCUCACCAUUCCCUCCCUGCUGCUCAUCCUAAACUGCUACCUGAUGAAUGAAUCACCCCGGUGGCUGAUCGCGAACCAAAGAUACGAUCGCGUCUACAAGAUUCUCUUCAGACAGCCCAGCCACUACCAAAUUCAGCCCGCCGUUGCAGCCUCUUCUCCAAUCGGCACCGAUAAGAAGUCGCUGGAACCGAAAGUGGGUUUCUCCUGGGGGGAUAAACUUAAGAACGGUCCUCUGAAGUCCAUCAUUGAGCUGUAUGGCAAUCCCAGUGUGCGCAAGAUGAUAUUUGCGUCGUACUUCAUGUUCUGCGUUUGUUCGCUGAGUUACUACGUGACGGCUCUCAAUGCCGCCAAUAUGUCGGUGUCGAGGUAUCUGUACAUCAUAGGCACUGGGCUGGUGGACAUACCCUCCUAUCUGGUGCCGGUUGUAAUGCUUCGAUUCGCCGGUCGUCGGCUCACCACCAUGCUCCUAUUCCUCUGGACAGGUGUAUCCCUGCUGCUCGUCCUCUCCGUACCCGCAGGAAGCACCACCUGGAUCGUGGCCUUUGCCAUGCUGGGUCGUUUCGGCAUUAGCGCCACCUACUCCGUGGUUACUCUAUACACAGCCGAGCUGUAUCCCACCGAGAUUCGCAACUCUGCUCUGGGAACCUGCUCGACCUUCGCCCAUGUGGGCUCCAUUUCGGCCCCCUAUGUGGUCGAUUGCCUGGGAGCCCUCGGCUGGUACAUUCCAACAACGAUCUGCGGCUGCUGCGUUCUAGUAGCUGGCCUCCUGACCCUCACACUUCCGGAAACGGGAACGGGGAAGCUCUCCGACAAGGUGGAUAACACCCAGGUCUCCGCUCCGGCAGAGCAGCCCGAGAAACAGUGAUUGAAGGAGACGGCCUCGCAUCUAGGUUAAGUCCCAUUUUCACGACUUGAUUUAUCAGUUCAGAAUUCAGAUCAAACCAUUUUUAAUUGUUAAACUAAUAC